GGCUUGGGAGGGCCGCGGGGAGGCGCCGUAUCCGGAGGCUGUCCCGCACCGCAUAAAGCCACAGACGCACAGUGUGCCUCGCAGCCGCUCGGGCCGGUCGCCGCUGCAGAGAAGCUGCUCCGAUGCUCCAGAGCGGCCAUGGGCGCCCCGCACUGGUGGGACCACCUGCGGGCUGGCAGUUCGGAGGUGGAUUGGUGCGAGGACAACUACACUAUCGUGCCUGCCAUUGCCGAGUUCUACAACACGAUCAGCAACGUCUUGUUUUUCAUUUUACCUCCCAUCUGCAUGUGCUUGUUCCGCCAGUACGCAACGUGCUUCAACAGCGGCAUCUACUUAAUAUGGACGCUCCUAGUUGUAGUGGGGAUUGGAUCUGUCUACUUCCAUGCAACGCUGAGUUUCCUGGGUCAGAUGCUUGAUGAACUUGCCAUUCUGUGGGUUCUGAUGUGUGCUUUGGCCAUGUGGUUUCCCAGGAGGUAUUUACCAAAGAUCUUUCGGAAUGACAGGGGCAGGUUCAAGGCAGUGGUGUGUGUCCUGUCUGCAAUUACAACGUGCUUGGCGUUUAUCAAGCCCGCCAUCAACAAUAUUUCCCUGAUGAUUCUGGGACUUCCAUGCACUGCGCUGCUUGUUGCAGAGCUGAAGAGGUGUGACAAUGUGCGUGUGUUUAAGCUGGGCCUCUUCUCUGGCCUCUGGUGGACUCUGGCUCUCUUCUGCUGGAUCAGCGACCAAGCCUUCUGCAUAUUCUCAUCUGCCUUGCUUCGUACCUGGGCUGUGUGUGCUUCGCCUACUUUGAUGCUGCCUCAGAGAUACCUGAGCAAGGUCCAGUCAUCAGAUUCUGGCCCAGCGAGAAAUGGGCUUUUAUUGGUGUCCCUUAUGUGUCCCUUCUGUGUGCCCACAAGAAGUCGCCAGUCAAGAUCACGUGAUGGCAAGGCAGUGACCAGCUUCUCUACUUACUUCUAUUCGAGUGCGCGCUGGGCUUCGUUUGCUAGCAAAGAUGGCUGAGGGGGUUGAGGAAUUGGUGUGGUGUGGGUGUUUAAAAUUCUGCUCCUUUGUGAUCUAACUGGACCACUGUGCCUGACCUCCCUAGGUUAAGUAGAGGGCUCAGGGACAUAAGGUGUCUUCCUCAGUAUCCUUUCCAGGCAUACGGGCUUGCUGGGUUAUGUCCAUAAUGACAUCAACAGAGUAGUUCUUUGGGAGACCUAGGGCAACCCAAAGUUUCUUGCUGGAGAGGGUAGCUUGCUGUUUCCACCAUUUCCAGACUCUCAACCCCCUGAUAAACAAGACCUUCUGAUUUGGUGAUGAAAGGUUCCAGAACUUUUCAUUUUGCCGGGAGAAACUGUCCUUCAACAAAACCAAGUGGGCAAAACACGUGUGGGGGGUGUGACUAAGACGGGUGGCUUGUCACUCGCACCUCUUAGCUUUCCCAGGUUCUCCACGUGUUUGUGGAUCCUUCCACUACCUCUGCUGAGAGAUGGAGCCACGGCUUCAGAGGGCAAAGCUGGCAACACCCUCUAUGCCAAAAGCUACACUCCUCUUUAAGCACACAUUACAUAUAGACACUAUUUCUGCUCUUCCAGAGUGCAGCAGCCUCAGACCCACAGAGAAUCCUUCAGGUUAUGUGAAGAUUCCACACACAGCCCCCUCUUGUGACCUCUGUGAGAGCAAGGCCUCGUUGUAAUCGCGGAGGCAGCUCUGGAGGCUUGACUGUGGAGCGCCUGUGAAGAUUUUGGAAAGCUUUUCUUAUUGGAAGCUUUUGGUGUGUCGUUACCUCCAAGAUUCUGACCCCGUUUCUCUGCUGUUUUUAGGGGAUAUGUGCUUCCUGAGUGACGUAGCCUCCCUAGGAUGUGGGCCUCCGGCUUUUGUUUUCAUAAUACCUGGUGCUAACUGGUUUCUCAGAGCACUUUGCUCUUCUUGAUGCUGGGCGGUCACUACACUCUGAUUGGCUGGCUGGGGAUCCCAGGGAGGAAGGGGCAGACUCUGACAUGAAUGUCUCUCACCUGCAUCCUACUGUCUUCACUGGGCUCUCUUCAGGGUAUGAAGUGGGUAUGGGGUAUCUCAGGGAUGUUUGUAACUCAGGCACCUUCUGCUUUCUGACAUUCCAUUGUCAGUGGUGAGACUGCACUCAGGGGACUGGAGUUGGAACACCGUUCUGAGUGGUGUCCUGAGUCUGAAGGAGCUAGCUGCGGGUUCUGGCACUUCUAGGAUCUCUUACUCUGUUUAGAACCUUCACAGGGUACAAAGUGGGAACUGGACUUAAAGAGUUUUUAAAUGAAUAGACUUCAUUCUGCUUUUGUGGCUUUGGAGUUUUAGAAGUAACUUGCUGGGCUAUUUCUUGUUUAUAGUCACAAAUAUUUAUAGAACAUGAAGGUGUAAAAUAAGUUGUCUUUUAUUAAAUUCAUAGCAUUUACCAACUCUCCCAGGUAGCAAACACACAGUCAUUUGAUUGGCGAUUUACAAGGCAGGAAUACUUGGUUUUGAAUGAUUGUAUAUGUCAUUUUACUGUAGCUUAAAAUAUGUUUAAAAUGACUUUGAGUGAAAUGUUUGUGGCAACCUAGGGGUUUAUGGAUCAGAAUUGCGGCUGAGUCCUUUGGUUUUUGAGUCUAGAAGUUUUCAGAGGGCAAAAUCAAACUAGCCUUGUUUCUGGUUCAUCUUACCAGGCUCGGGAGCUGCCCUUAUAUAUUCUACAUAAGGACUUAUUAUACAUAAGUCUGUAUAAAUGUCCUGAAGAUGACACCUAGCUGCCUUCAUCUGGAAGGGUCGUCUGGGGCUGGAGAGUUGGUUCAACAGUUAAGAACCCGUGUUGCUCUCUCCCAGACGACCCAGCGACUUGUGAGGCUCAUAACCAGCAACUCCAGCCCUGGGGCAUCUGACGCCCUCUUCUGACUUCUAAGGGCAUUUGGUGCACACGUACAUACAGGCAGGCAAAACAUUUAUACAUGUAACGUAAUAAAUGCAUAAGUUAGUGAGACGGCUGAAGGAAAGGAGUUUUAGAUGCAAGGUUUAGUCUGACCUGAGUGCCCUUCCUUAGCCGCGAUGGUGUCCUCAAAGUCAGGGAAGAACCAUUUCUUUUUUAUCAGGAAAAGGACUUAUUCCCUAGGGCCUCUGCUGACAUCCCUAGGAACAGAGAUAAAAUACGGAUGGAUGUGAAUGAACAUGCUUGGGUGAAAGGAGCCGAGUACCUGACUGGACCCAGUGGGCCACUUCCACAAGCGAAGCCCGGUAACCGAUGUGCACUCCAGAAUCUUCUCCCUUCUGGUAGAGAUGACAUCGAUGAGUGAUGUCGUGACCACUGGGCCCUGCAUGGGUGUCGGGCUCUGUUCUGUUCCGAAUCUACCUGAGAUCUCAGGACAGAGGAAGCCAUGAAUGUUACCAAGUGGUCAUGGCUGUCAGUGAUUUUACAGUUUUGAACCAUUAUUGGUUUUUAGGAGAAUUCUUCUCUCUCUAGUGCCCUGUGAUGCCAAAGCCAGCCCUUCAGAAGUGUUCCUUCUGUCUGCUUCCCUUUGUAAUGUGAUCCACUCGGGGAAAUGGGUGUCUACCCAGGGAAAAGUGCCUACCCCAGUCACGGGUCAACAGUGUUGUGUUGAGGAUCAAACAUGGCUCUGUGAAAAUACUGCCACCCAUUCUAUUGGUUGGAUUUCUCAGGAGUCUGAAUCUUCCCUCACGAGUCCUCUUCUCCCAACCCCUACCCAGAGCCAACACUGGGAUUUGAACCUUCUCUGACUCUCUUCUUCCCUCAGGUCUGACAACUAAUGGUCUCUGGGGACACCCAGCUAGGGCCUUCCCCAACUCCUUAUCCAGCUGAACUUGGAUUCUUCCCAACCAGGGCUUGACCUGGGUGCUGUUGGUCCCACUGGCCAACAACACAUCUUUGGCCAGAUUGGGAUUCUCAAUAGAUUUUAUAGACAUUAUUCUCCCACAGACUUUAAAACAUGGCUUGUGUCUUUCCAUACACAUCCGGUCAGAUUUAAAACUAUUUUAUAACCACAGGAAUUAAACCAAGCAAAUAGAGUACUUUCAGAUAUAAACUGUGUUUCAUACUUUAUGUAGAGUGUGCUAUGUAUAGGCGGUAUGUACCCUGGCUGAAGUAAUAUUAACCAUAGCUCUGGGAGGAUUUACAGACCUUUUGCACUUUAUGCUUUUUUGUGAACUCUGAUAACCAUGGUCAAUAUUAAAGCCAAUAACUGGCAUUUUCUGUGAAUAAACAUGCAUAUGUAUCUAUUUCUGAAA